UUUCUUUCCAUCAUGGAACUCGGGAAAGAGAACGCAUUACCGUAGGGCUCUCUACAAAUUCACUUGGCCAUCCAUGGCUCCUCGCCUCUGCAGUUUCUCCCUAUCGCUCUUGCAGCUCAGCUCGCGAUUUCGCCCCCCUUCUUCCCCCUCCUGCUGUCUCGUGUUCGCGCCUCUCUAAUCCCACCAGUUGCCCGUUAUUAGCUUCACCCGACCGGAACGAGGUGACUUUGAGUGGACUCAAAAGUCAUCUCUUGCUGUCGCGUCUUCGUGUCUCUCUAGUCGCACAAGUUCCCCGCUCGUCGCUUCACCCGAUCGGAACGGGAGAAUGCGGCUAGAUACAGUGCCGUUAGAGAGAGUUCCGUUAGGGGAUUGCCACUGGCUAGAAGGCCGUUAGAAUGGUGCUGACUGCUAGCCUAGAUUGAUAACGAAUCUCAUUAUGUUGACUUGCAGGAGAUUCCGUGGCCGUUCUCCUCCGGCUCAUUCAAUGCCGCGUUUCACCUGCGCUUUCCUUUACUGGCGUUGGUGGCGAUUCUUAGCGGUAGUAAUGGUGCUCAUGCUUGUAACGCGGAUACAUGCUCAAGGAGACGGGGGCCUGGAGCACGCCAUGUCCUUAUAUCGGGCAUGGGAGGCGGCGUACGGGCUGCAGGCGGACUCCCCCCUUCCCCCUUCCGCCAUCGCCCUCCCCGCACCUGUUCCCCCUCCCCCCCACCUGGAGGACUGCGUUGCGCUCACUGCCUGGCGCUGGGCGCAGGAGCAGGGGGAAGCGGGGGAAGGGCGGGGGGAAGGGAGGGAUGGGGGAGUUUCAGGGCAAGGGGAAGAAUCAGGAAAAGGGGGAAGACUAGGGGAGGGGGGAGAAUCGGGGGAAGGCGCACAAGAAGGAGGGGGGAGGGGGAAGUUCCCCCAAUGGGCGUCACAGGCCCACCCCCAGCCGCCCUGGAUCCUGGGGUCGGACGCAGCCAAUCUGGGGAUGACACGUGUCGCUCAGCGGGACAUCUGGGCCCACCAGUUCCUCCCUGGGGGCGACUGCAGCAAAGAACGCCUCCUGUUGGUGGACUGGCCGAGCUCGGCGCACGGGAUUGGCUCUCAGCUUCACAUUAUGAGCGCUAUUCUAAGCCUAGCUAUGCGGUUUAAGAGGGUCAUGGUUCCUACUCGAGGCUCCUUCACCCGAGCCAGUCACGCUGAUUGCAAUGCCACAGGCACCUUCGGUUCCUUCCACUGCUACUUCUUCCCCCUUGUUUCUCCUGCCUGUGAGCGUGAAGCUGAGCUGGCGGCGGCGGCCAAUGAGGCGCUGCCACGUAUGACGACGGACAGCAAGGAGGAGGUUCUAGCGUCAGAGCACAGAGUGGUGUGGUUCUAUGGGGAGCCUUAUAACGGAUUACGCUUUGAAGGGGAUGUCAGGAUGGAACUAGGAUGAGUCCACUGCAACCUCUGCUCUCACCCCAGGAUGGAACUAGGAUGAGUCCACUGCAACCUCUGCUCUCACCCCAGGAUGGAACUAGGAUGAGGCCACUGCAACCUCUGCUCUCACCCCAGGAUGGAACAAGGAUGAGUCCACUGCAACCUCUGCUCUCACCCCAGGAUGGAACUAGAAUGAGUCCACUGCAACCUCUGCUCUCACCCCAGGAUGGAACUAGGAUGAGUCCACUGCAACCUCUGCUCUCACCCCAGGAUGGAACUAGGAUGAGUCCACUGCAACCUCUGCUCUCACCCCAGGAUGGAACUAGGAUGACAAGUGGCCCAAUGCCUAUCGGGAGAGGCCCAAUAGCAUGGAGUUUGGGGGGUUCGUGGGGGAGGGGGAUGAGACGAGGCAGCGGGUUCACUGGUGGCGAUCCCAGUCAAUCCGCUUCAUGCUGCGCUGGCCAUCCGCCUAUCUCUGCCACGUAACCAACCGCGUGCGCCACACGUCCUACGGGCUCUCAGUCGCUGCCCGCUUUGCCGCCUCUGCCGCCCAGCAGGCCGCCCUAGCCCGCUCCCACCCAGAUAUCUUGUCCUCGCUAAGAGCUGCUGCACCAGCAUGUAUUGGUGCGGGUGGAAGCACUAGCAGUGUCGGCAGUAGCAGUGAUAUUGAGGUCCCUGACAUAAGCAGCAGUGACAGUAACUCUGGCAACACCAGCAGUGGUAACUCCAGCAGUGAUUCUGCUGGUAACCCUACUGGUAACACUACUGGUAAAUUUAGAUCGACAGGAGGAUUCCCACAGGUGGACGAUGCUAGACAUGGAUGCACUUUGGAGUCGUGGGCCUGGGCAGAAAAGGGGCUCAGCGCCUGCAGCAGCAGCAGCAACAGCAGCAGCAGCUGCAGCAGUAGCAACAGUAGUUUUAGCACCAAUGGCGUUCCCAACAGUAGCCCAAGUACAAGCAGCAGCAGUGGAGAUAGAAGCGAGAGCCUGCUAGGGAGGUUUGGGAAAGGAGCUUCUGGAGCCGAUGACCUCUCAACCUCCGGAUAUCUGUUUGUGGGUGCAGAGCCGUACAUGCCGCGGCCGAUAGUGAGCGUGCACGUGCGGCAGGGGGACAAGGGCAGUGAGAUGACACUCAGCUCGUUCGCAGCCUUCAUGUUCUUUGCGUAUCGGUUGAGGCGGAUAGAGCCCGACUUGAAGCACAUCUGGCUCAGCACAGAAAUGCAGGCAGUCAUUGAUGAAGCAUCCCAAUACAAGGACUGGUCGUUCCUGCACUCUCACAACCCACGACAAAUUAGCAACAAGCGCAUGGUUGAUUAUGAGACAGCUGUGGGACACCAGCUGGUUAGUAUUAGCUUUGCUAAUCUAAUUAUCUCCUCUCACUGCGAUUACUUUGUGGGUGCAUU